GCUGUGUGAGUGAUAUAAACACAGAGCUAGGGUUUGUAGCUCUAUGAUAUAAAAGGCUGCAAUCAGCCGUGCAGCCUCCGCGGUGUAUGUCACAAGGUUGAGAAGGGAAAGUUCGGAGAGGGUGCACGUAGUUACGGUGCACGUGAAAAUGACGAACACAGAAAUGCAAUCGGCCGUCGCGCCUGCGCGUGACCUAGAGUUAACAAGCGCAACCCGCAGUAUUGCGCCACAUGCACCGUGUAUGUAGAAAUCUGUAGAUACCUCUACGUUCAGCCCAGAUACAAUCAUCGACCCUCGUGCUUGCAAGCUCUGUAGAUUAGAGCGAAUUCGCGCCAAAUUCACGCUUGGUUUUUACGCCAAUUUUAAACAGGGCACUUGACGAGUGUAAGAGGGAAAACAGAACAUGGAGGUUAUGAAGCGAUUCUCCUGCGUGCAGCUCGUGUUCGUGUUGUGCCUCUCCUCUGGACUGGGCAUAACUGCCAAGCCGACCAACUCCACUGCGGCAACAAUUGUGCUGACUAACACAACCUCUCCUACCCCGGUAACCAUUGCAACCUCUCCUACCCCGGUAACCAUUGCAACCUCUCCUACCCCGGUAACCAUUGCAACCACGCCUACCCCGGUUACCAACGCAACCACGCCGACCCACACAACCAAAGCAACCACGCCGACCCACACAACCAACGCAACCACGCCGACCCACACAACCAACGCAACCACCUCAAGUCCAGCAAGCAACGCAACCACGGAGACGCCGACAACCACAGUGACUCCGGUGCCGCCUGGGGUGGGUAACUGGUCCAUUAAAGGCGCCAACGGGACAGUCUGCAUGAGGAUGUCUUUCGGGGCACAGCUGAACAUCAGCUACACUAAAACCGACAAAAGUCGCGGUACAGUGGUCGUCAAUGUCAACCCCAAGCAGGCCGAUCUCACCAGCGACUGUAACGCGUCAUCCACCCGGUCGCUGACGAUCUAUCCGUUUGGCCUGGUAGACAUUGCCUGGCUAAUUACCCUGACCUUCAGGCGCCAGUCCGAGGAAUACUCUCUGACCAGUUUGGAGGCGUCGUGGGAUUACGACAUGCGCUUUCACGACUCAGCACAGAAAGGUUUUGCUUCUGCUUCAGUCACACAGGACAACUUCUUAAUGCAGGAGGUCACGCUGGGAAAUUCGUACACGUGCCCUGAUCCCCUGACUGUGCUGAUGAGCGAGGCCACCCUGCGCCUGUCGCACAUGCAGCUGCAACCGUUCGCCGAGAAGGCUGGCGGCAAGUUCGGUCCCGCUGAGGAGUGCGCAUCUGGUCUCAGUCUGACCAUCAUCAUCAUCAUUGCAGUGGCCGGAGCUGUCCUCCUUGUCGCAGUCGUCGUUUUGAUCGCCGUCGUCGCGAGAAGGAUGAAGAAGAAAUACCGCGUCCUGGAAAAUGAAUAAUUUGCUUUCAUUUCCAACGCUUUCAAUUUUUACUUUCGCUGCUAUUAAAUUUUUCGGGAUUUUAAGAGUACACUAAUUAAUUCACUGAUGCUGACUUAAUCACCCACAGUGUUACACUCGAGUCUCAGCAAUCCUUACUUUUAGGACGCCAGAGAACUCACUUAUUCAAGUGCUAAACAUCUACAGAAACGCACAUUUCUCUCAAUAUAAUGUACUCAACAAAACGAUGAAAAACUGUGAUUGGAAAGACUACAACGGGUAAAUCCCAGUUGGAUAAACACAAACUGUAAGAAGACAAACCUUUUGUGAAAUAGACAAGAAGUGGUGUCCUUAGAGAGAGGAUUGCCUGUUCCUGGAUCCUAGUCCUUGGCAAUAACAACCAGCUAGUAAGAGUUUGGUCUAGCAGGGUCGAAAAUAUAAGGAGUAAAGUAGGUUUGUGAUAACUGGAUCGCUGAGCACCCGAUCCGACCACCCACCGCUACCUAUAAGUGAGGCCUGUGCAGCAAAAUUGCCUGCAUGAACUGUGAUGCUAAUAUAUGUUUGUAUGGUGCAAGACAGUAGGCAAACUGAUACGUGAGACUAGUCAGCGUCACGAACAUUUGCAAGCGGAAGGCUCCAACAAGCCUCACUUAUAAGUUUGCUUACUGUAUUGCACCAUACGAUAAUAUAUUAGCAUCACAGUUAGAGCUUGGCUAUUUAAUAGCUGCACAGGCCUCACUUAUAAGUAGCGGUGGGUAGUCGGAUCGGGUGCGCCGAGAGCCCCGAACCAAGUUAUUGUUACACUAUUCUUGGACAAAACCUCAGCUUUAAUUAUUGCUUAGAGACCUAGCUCUUGCAUGAAAGAGUCCGAGGGUAUAUUAUAAAAAAGUUGAGGCAACUGUUAGAUUUGAGGAUCAGUUUUGUUGCCGUUUCUAUCGGGGGCUUUCUUUGUCCGGUGUUGAGGCCUAUUUCUUGGCGUACUAUUAUUCCCGUAGACCCCAACGUGCAAUUUUCUUGUACACAUGGAGAGCUGAAGUGAAUGUGUCAUUUCUGAUCAGUUGCCACGGUAAUGAUUUCACACAAAAAUCAUCCAACCGUUCCCUGCGUUUUUGGACGUUGCAGCCGAUUAGUCAAUGGGUACAACUCCACGGCAACUCAUGACAUCUCACCUUCGGCACUCCAUUGCUUCGGACUCGUAUGAGGACUCGACUGCACCACUGUUUACAGAUCUGUUUCCAAUGACGUCAUUUUGGACCGAUUUUAAAGGGUUUCAGACUUAAUGGAUCUCCAUUCCUUAGAGCUCCUGCUUCUGGGAGUAUUUUGGAUUGAGUGAGUUGUAGUUUAUGGGUACGGCAACAAUUGAAACAGCAAUGAAAUAAUUUUAUUUGAUUACAGUGCAGUUUUUUUAAGACAGGUCAUCACAGAUGACCCAAUCACGUGACGUUUGUCACACGGGUGCAAAGGAUCUACUAAUGUAUAUUGUUGCGUUCAUGGAGCACUAUCUUACACCUUACACAGUCGUACAUUGUACAACACUGAUUGAAAGUGAGGUCUCUUGCUAAUGUGCAUGUUUUCUAAUCGCUGUUGCUUUUGCUUGUUUUAUUUGUUCAGGUUUUUGGGACGCAGGCGAAUUCUUGUAAGAGUUUUUAAUAAUUGUGAGUUUGACUUAAGGGCUUAGCCACUGUAGCACAUAGUUUCAAUACUGGAUAUGCAAUUUACAAAGUGUGACGAAGAGAGUGUAAUUUGUCACAGGUGUUCCAUGCAGUCGUGUAGUAUACACAAGAACUUGUGUACUCGGCCUUUGGUGUGUAGAGUUGCAGCCUGGUGGUAUUUUGUAUUCGAAUAAAUAGCGUUGGCAGGUCGCCAUAUCGCAAGAUCACAGUCUGUCAAAACAACUAUGCACAUUUCAAUGCACGAUUAUCUUGGCUGCAAUACUUCUGUCGGCUUGACUGAUUAGAUUCUGGUUGCGGAAAUGGAUUGUUUUAACUUAAUGUUCAUUGUGAAAUUUUGAAGAAACUUGGUCUGUACUUAGAGCCUUUUCCAAAACUCGUAGUAUUCUGCACAAGCCACAGCUUUAAUUAGCUAGGCCUUAUCUGAGUGAUUGUGACUUUCUUGGAAUUACUGAAACCCACAUUACUAGAGAUUUUGGGACUUUUACAUCUGCCACUUUUUGUACUACGAAGUUUGGAAUUAACAAAACAACAAAGAUCACGUUUGAGAAA